AGGGGGAAAGAAGAAAAGAAAGCAUGAAAAAAAAAAAAAGGCCGCUUAGAUGAAGGAAGGAAACUCAAGAGCGAGAAAGACAGAAUGAGGAGGGACGUGACAGGGUUGGGGAGACCCAGCGGAAGCCUUCAGGUCACCCAGGGAACUGCUCCUCUCGCGGGUCCUGCGGCGGCGAGACGGAGGUGGGGUGAGCAGGGACGCGCGGGGAUGUGUAAGUGGCGAAGCUGGACCGGGCGCAGGCGGGAGCAGCGCCCAACUCCCCGCACGGGAUCCAGUGCGAGGCCACGAUUUUAGGUGAUGGGCAGAUCAGAAAGUCAGAUGGAUAUAACGGAUAUCAACACUCCAAAGCCAAGGAAGAAACAGAGAUGGACGCCGCUGGAGAUCAGUCUCUCUGUCCUUGUCCUGCUCCUUACCAUCAUCGCGGUGACCAUGAUUGCGCUCUAUGCAACCUAUGAUGAUGGUAUUUGCAAGUCAUCAGACUGCAUAAAAUCAGCUGCUCGACUGAUCGAGAACAUGGACACCACUGCUGAGCCUUGCACAGACUUUUUCAAAUACGCCUGUGGAGGUUGGUUGAAACGCAACGUCAUUCCUGAGACCAGCUUCCGUUACAGUAACUUUGACAUUUUAAGAGAUGAACUGGAAGUUGUUUUGAAAGAUGUCCUUCAGGAACCCGGGACUAAAGAUAUAGAAGCAGUACAGAAAGCAAAAACACUGUACAGAUCUUGCAUAAAUGAAUCUACCAUUGAUAACAGAGGUGGAGUACCGCUGCUCAACCUGUUACCAGCAAUGUAUGACUGGCCAGUGGCAACAGAAAACUGGGAGCAGAAAUAUGAUACUUGGACACCUGAGAAAUCUAUUGCACAACUGAAUUCUCAAUUUGGGAAAAAAGUUCUUAUUAACUUUUUUGUUGGCACUGAUGAUAAGAACUCCAUGAGCCAUAUAAUUCAUAUUGACCAACCUCGACUUGGCCUCCCUUCCAGAGACUACUAUGAUUGCACUGGAAUAUAUAAAGAGGCUUGCACAGCCUAUGUGGAUUUUAUGAUUUCUGUGGCCAAACUGAUUCGUCAGGAAAGAGGGCUGGUCAUCAAUGAAAACCAGAUUUCUGAGGAAAUGAAUAGAAUAAUGGAAUUGGAAAAAGAAAUUGCCAUUGCUACAACUAAACCUGAAGAUCGGAAUGAUCCAAUGCUUCUUUAUAACAAAAUGACAUUAGCCCAGAUCCAAAAUAACUUUUCACUAGAGAUCGGUGGAAAGCCAUUCAACUGGUUAACUUUCACAAAUGAAAUCAUGUCAGUUGUGAAUAUUAAUAUUACAAAUGAAGAAGAUGUGGUUGUUUAUGCUCCUGAAUAUUUAACCAAACUUAAGGUCAUUCUUACCAAAUAUUCUACCAGAGAUCUUCAAAAUUUAAUGUCCUGGCGGUUCAUAAUGGAUCUUGUAAGCAGCCUCAGCCGAAACUACAAGGAGUCCAGAAAUGCUUUCCGCAAGGCUCUUUAUGGCACAACAUCUGAAACAGCAACUUGGAGACGUUGUGCUAACUAUGUCAAUGGGAAUAUGGAAAAUGUAGUGGGAAGGCUUUAUGUAGGAGCAGCGUUUGCUGGACAGAGUAAACAUGCGGUUGAGGAACUGAUUGCACAGAUCCGGGAAGUUUUCAUUCAGACUCUAGAUGACCUUACUUGGAUGGAUGCAGAAACCAAAAAGAAAGCUGAAGAAAAGGCCUUAGCAAUUAAAGAAAGAAUUGGCUAUCCUGAUGACAUUGUUUCAGAUGAUAAAAAACUGAAUGAUGAAUACCUCGCGUUGAACUACAAGGAAGAUGAAUACUUUGAAAACAUAAUUCAAAAUAUGAAGUUCAGCCAAAAUAAACAACUAAAGAAGCUUCGAGAAAAAGUGGACAAGGAUGAGUGGAUAAGCGGAGCUGCUGUAGUUAAUGCAUUCUAUUCUUCAGGCAGAAAUCAGAUAGUUUUCCCAGCUGGCAUUCUGCAGCCGCCCUUCUUCAGUGCCCAGCAGUCUAACUCAUUGAACUAUGGUGGCAUCGGCAUGGUCAUUGGGCAUGAAAUCACCCAUGGCUUUGAUGACAAUGGCAGAAAUUUUAACAAAGAUGGAGAUCUCGUGGACUGGUGGACUCAACAGUCUGCAAAUAACUUUAAAGACCAAUCCCAAUGCAUGGUGCACCAGUAUGGAAACUUCUCCUGGGAUCUAGCUGGUGGACAGCAUCUCAACGGAAUUAAUACCCUGGGAGAAAAUAUUGCUGAUAAUGGAGGUAUUGGUCAAGCAUACCGAGCCUAUCAAAAUUAUGUCAAAAAAAAUGGUGAAGAGAAAUUACUUCCUGGACUUGAUCUAAAUCACAAACAACUGUUCUUCUUGAACUUUGCCCAGGUGUGGUGUGGGACCUACCGGCCAGAGUAUGCAGUCAACUCUAUUAAGACAGAUGUGCACAGCCCAGGCAAUUUCAGGAUUAUUGGGACUUUACAGAACUCCCGAGAAUUUUCAGAAGCCUUCCACUGCAACAAGAACUCAUACAUGAAUCCAGAAAAGAAAUGCCGGGUUUGGUGAUACUGAGAAAUGAUGCUGCUCUCAAUCCGACUUGUCAACACCACAGAUGUGGGGAGCAUUAUCUGAGAGAAGGGGGUGUGGGGGCUUUGUGGUCACUGUCACUACCUGUGGUGGUUCAGAGAUAAGAGCACCAUAGUAAAAAAGUUCUGAAAAGGUGUGGACAAAGGAGGGAGUCUAAUCUCUAUCAAAUCAGUCACUUCUCGCUGUGUAAAUAAUGCUCAAUCUCUAAAGAUAAUACCAUUCAUUUCUGUUUCUCACAUCUGCCUAUUUGAUGUCUCUUGACAACACUUGGCCAAGUGAGGUAGGCCGGGAUUUCUAACCAAAGGGAGGAACGAGGGGUUGAAGAAUACAGUUGGCACCAAAAAGAAAAGUGACGUGAUAGUUAGAAACACUUUGCCUAAAUAUUUAGUUUUACCUUAUUUUUUUUUUUUUUUUGCAACAUUUAUGCGCCUUCAAAACUCUUCCAAAGAUUUCUUAUACAUACCGGGGCCUUGGAACUUAGGUAGUUUUAAAAUCAUUUUUGGCAAUCAUCGGUUAUUCAUUCUGAAAUCACUUUAUUUUAAGCACUCUUAGGGCUAAAAUGAAUGUCUAAAACUGUUUCUUGUUGUACCUGCUUUGACUGAUAUUGAAAAUUCUUGAGGCUCCCUGCAAUUUUUUAAGCAAUUUUUGUUCUCUCUUUCUCUCUCUCUCUCUCUCUCUCUCUCUCUCUCUCUCUCAAA